CCCGACUCGAGGUUGAAGCGCGGGACUUAUGAAAGUACGGGUCCUCAGAGCCUCCUGAGUCCUGAGAUUACAGUCGUGCACCACCACGCUUGGCUGUGACUGGGGCUUCUGCAGAAAAGUCUCCAGACUCCCUUCCUGAGUGUCAUUUCUUCAAUUUAAAGAUUGGGGCGUCUUGCCCAAAACUAUCUGGAAUACAAGAUUUAAAAAAAAGAUUCUCAGCAUUGCAGUCAGACUAGACAAAAGUGGAAAAAAAAUCUAAUGAUGAAGGCAUUUCACACCAUUUGCAGGCAGCUCAGAAGUUCAAAAGGUUUUUCCCUGGAACGAAGCCCCCAUGUGGCUUUCUCUACUUCCUCUUAUUCAUGUAGCAGGAAGAAAAAAAACCCUUAUGAAGAAGUGGACCAAGCAAAAUACUCUCAUUUGGUAAGGUCUGUCUUGUCAUUCCGAGGCCUGACCCAGACCCCAGAAUCAUUGUUGGAGGAAGAUGCUUUACUCUAUGGACCUGUGAGUAAACAUAAGCCCCCAAAGCAAAAUGAGGAGGCAAAAGUUCCACAAAACUGGUUUCCUAUCUUCAACCCAGAAAGAAAUGUAAAACCAAAUACACCUGACUCUUCAAUUUUGAAAAUCCCUUUGCAAAGAAAAGUGAUGCCAAGUGUGACCCGUGUUCUUCAGCAGACCAUGACAUCAGAACAGAUUUUCUUUUUGGAGAGGUGGAAACAGCGGAUGAUUCUGGAGCUGGGGGAAGAUGGAUUUGCAGAAUAUACUUCAAACAUUUUUUCACAAGGGAAACGAUUCCAUGAAGCCUUGGAAAGCAUACUGUCUCCCCAGGAGAACUUAAAAGAGAGAGAUGAGAAACACCUCCAGUGUGGCUACAUCGAAAGCAUCCAGCAUAUUUUGAAAGAUAUCAGUGGAGUGCUAGCUCUUGAAAGCGCUGUUCAUCAUGAGACUUUAAAGUAUACAGGUCUGCUGGACUGUGUGGCUGAGUAUCAGGGCAAGUUGUGUGUGAUUGACUGGAAGACAUCAGAAAAACCAAAGCCUUUUCUCCGAAAUACAUAUGACAACCCACUACAAAGUGCAUACAUGGGCGCCAUAAACCAUGAUGCCAACUACAGUUUUCAGGUUCAGUGUGGUUUAAUUGUGGUGGCCUACAAAGAUGGAUCCCCUGCCCACCCACAUUUCAUGGAUGCAGAACUCUGUUCCCAGUACUGGGUCAAGUGGCUUCUUCGACUAGAAGAGUACACAGAAAAGAAAAAGAACCAGAAUAUUCAGAAACCAGAUUAGGGAACAGGGGACUACUUGGGAACACUUAGUACUUUUUCUUUCACUGUUUGGGAAGAUAUAUUAUUGUUUACUGUGUUCUAAAGCUAGAGGUGCUACCAAAUCUGAAAGCUACAUUAAUACAAGCAGAAGUAUAAAUUUGUUGAAAUGUUUUGCUACUGAAAAGAGUAAGAAAUCAGGAAAGUCCUAAAGAGCUAAAAGUCAACACCUGAAAUACCAACUGUGCUACCUAUGACUGUUACUUUCCUGAAAAGAAGGCAAGCAGGAAUGUUAACCAUGUUGGUGAAUCUUGGACUCCCUUAAAGACCUUUUUGUGUACCUGGCAAGAUGCCCAGUCUUUGAACUGAGAUUGCAAGGUAGUGAGACUUGGUGUGCCACGCAUUUCCCAGGGCUCCAGGGAGGGAAGGGGCCACACAGGGGCAUUCCGUGGAUGUAUGUGAAGGGAGAACACUUCAAU